AUGGCCAUGGUAAGAGCACCUUGGGGAUGGCUGGCUUUGGUCGUGGCCUUCGUGGCGGAGGCGGGCUACAGCUCCUUGGGCAAGGGCACUGUCUGGGUGGAGGAGGGGAGCGACCUCGGGAGGGUUCUUUUCGAACAGUACACUCACCCUGGGGACCAUGGCACCGGUGGGGCAUGCGCGAACUUCUGCGAUGCGACGGAGCAGUGCAACGGAUUUGCGAUCUGCGACGGUCCGCCGAUCACAUGCUGGCUGAAGAGCAAAGAGGUGCCGGACCCUGCGAGUGAAGCAACGAAGAGCAAGUCUGGAUGCACAUCUUUCUACUACGUCAACGACACGGACGUCAACGACACUGAGACACGCUCCCCGAUGCCUCCGGCAACAUACGUUGGCCUGGGCAAUGACAUUGUCUGGGUGGACGAAGGCUGCGACCUUGGCUAUUCUACCUUUGACCUCUCUAGCAGCCCGAAUGACGGCACACCUGGUGCAUGCGCGCAUCACUGCGAUGCCAUGCCGGGUUGCACCGGAUUUGCAAAGUGCCACGGUCGAACCAGGUGCUGGAUGAAGUACAAAGAGGUGGCAAACCCUGCGAGCGAACCAACGCGGAGCGUGUCUACAUGCACAUCUUUCUACAAGGUGACGAACGGCUCGGACACCUCGAACGACACUGCGUUUACUUGCCAUGCUGCGCCUCAAGCAGGUGCAGCUCUCGCAGUUGUGCUCGCUGUCAUCAUGACAGCCUAA